AUGGCUCACAGAAUUCUUGCACGUGACGCGGCGUCGGUGGCCCGGAACUACGCCGCUUCCAGAAGUAUAUCUGGCGUUGCUUCUGCUGCUGCUGCUGCGUUAGCCAGAGCUCCUCGGACUCAGACUCGGUCUGUGGUUGGUGCUGGGCUUGGAGCCACUUGGGCUCGCCAGUACAGAGGAGGGUUCCGUUUUUACAGUGUGCUUUCGCUGCAGCCAGCGAAGGUGUUUAAGUAUGACGAUAUGAAGAAAAUCGUUGCCGAGGCUAACCCAUCGACAGUGAUUCUCGAUGUGAGAGAGCCUGUGGAGUUCCAGGAGGGUCACAUUCCUGGUGCCCACAAUGUGCCGUUCAAGUCCUCGCCUGGCGCUUUAGACUUGUCUGAGGAGGACUUUGAAGACGCUUUUGGCUUCCAGAAGCCAGCCAAGGACCUGGAGCUUGUAUUCUACUGUUUGGGCGGUGUCAGAUCCACUGCUGCCGAGGAAUUGGCCCACUCUUUUGGCUACAACAAGCGUGCCAACUACGUUGGCUCCUGGGAGGACUGGGUGGCCCACGAGAACCACCAGACUAAGUAA